GAAAGAAACCAUGGCUAUUUUGCUAUGUUAACUUGGUUAAAUUGAGGCAAAAAUAACAAGGAAUCAACCAAAUGACAAGCAUCAAAUUAAAAUCCAAAUUUCCCCUCCAUUGUGUGAACCACCAAGCUCAUCAAAAGGAAAAGAUGAGGAGCAGUGGAUUGGAAUGCAAAAUGCCACAUCAAUUUAAGUUCACUCAAAGUCUAACAAGGGAGCUUGGAACACUUGUGAGACCAUUGCACGUAUGUUGAUGUCAUGUGUAAGUGAAGGAAGUCACAAAAACUAUAAGUUACACCUGCUGUUUAACAAAGUAUCAGCCAACACCAUAUUUACCUCCAUAAAACAAGAGUCAAUCACCAUUAAAGCAAGGCUGCCACAGCUCUUAAUUUUAGCAUACCCCUUUCUCCUUCUACUAUCCUUCAUUAUUUUUCUUAUUUCAUUGUACUAACAUUUAACUCUCUCAAGUCAUUGGAGCUAUUUUUACAAGCUUUUAUACUUGCUGCCCUAUUACAUUUGCUAAUGCAAGUCUUUGGGCUCAACCUCCUUGCACAUGUUUCAAGUCUACUUCGGCCAAAAGAUGAACAUGUUACUUGCAACCAAGAUAAGUUUCCAGUUCCUUACUUUCCAUUUAUACAUUUCUACACAUCUUCAAGUGAUGUUGCUUGAUACAAUUAUUAACAUGGAUUUAAAGCUGUAUAUAUUAACAAUGAUAGCGGCCAAUAGGUGAUCCAUUGGCGUGAGUACUAGACUUGAUUACCCGCAUAGAACCAGAGUUUAGCCAUUAGCUUAUCAAAACAUGACACAUGUCACAACAACAAAAAUACUCCCAAUAGAUGCAAAGGUCAAAGAUUGGUGCUAAGGACGACUUACUAGAGGACACAUAAUAUGAUCAAUUGUAGUUUGUGGAUCUCACACUUUCUAACUAAUCUCAUCUGAUUGAUGACUAUAAAUCUAGACUAUCAUCUAUUGUUUAGAGCAUAUAACAAAUUUUGCUAUGUAUGAAAAUGGAUUGCUCAUGUUGUUAGAGCAAAAAAGAUGAAUUGCUCAUGUUAAUGUUUGAACUUAUAUAGCUCAAGACUGGAAUAAGGCAUUUGAUGGCACCACAUUUUAUUAUUAAAAGUUUUUCUGUUGAUAUAUUCUAACUGGGGGAGGGGAUAUGAACCAUAACGAUUUUGAUUGGAAACGACAAUAAAUGUCAUUUAAGUAACCCAUAGGAAUUGGAAUUGCUGCAAUGGAGGCCAUUGAUAGCAAUGUCAUUAAUCAUUAUAGCUUAUCUACAAAACAUUAGCAGAUGUUGGUAUAUAAUCCAUUUGACACUCAUCAGUAGCUUGUUUGUUUGCCAAGUUUGUCAUCUCAAAAAUGUUUCUUGUAAUCUGCAAAACGAGGCCCAGUUAUCCAUCACCAAAAUUAUGAUACCUCAAUCCACUAUGAAGCCCAAAUUAGACUUAUUUUAACAUCUCUAUCCCAUGCCACGCGUCCAUAUUCAAUUUGACCUUGCACAUACUACUGUGACUGACAGAAUAUUUAACUCUAUCUCUGCUCACGCAUCCCCAAAUCUAAAACAGGCUCGGAUUUGCUUCGGAAAGCCGUUGGGCUCCCCAUACCAUAGAGCCAUUUACCAUUUUACCCUUCAUAUUUAAUUCAUUUUCUUUUCCCUCCUCACAUUCAAUUUCCUAUUUCCCUCGCGCACAUACACAGCGAGUUUAGAGAGAGAGAGAGAGAGAGAGGGAUUAGGGUUUUUAGCUCGGAUUCGAGUUCCACCAUGGACGCUGCCACGGUUCUUGAUUCAGAAAAUUGUGUUGCUCUUGCUCGAGAUGAUAAGACAAAAGGAAUGGUAAAGGGUUCAAAAAUUGGAAGUGCCCCAAGGAAAAGGCUUGCUGACAUAAGCAACUUGCAGCAGCGACCUAGACCAGUAGACCAAGAGGUGAAAAAACUUCCUGUAUCACUUACAACUAAGGAGUACAUUGAAAAGCUACAGAGGGAAAACUUGACAUUGAUGAAGAUUCUUGCUGACAGAAAUAAAACUAUUGAACUGAGUGGCAUGGAGUUACAGAAACUUAGACUCAAUCUGCAGAAAGUGCAGCAACAGAAUUUGCAACUUGCCCAAGCAAACAGCCAGAUGUUGGCGGAACUUAAUUCAGGUAAAGAUAGGCUAAAAGCACUUUAUCAUGAGCUUGGAUGCAAAAAUGGCUUGCUCAAAGCAAGAAAACUGGAAAAGGUCAAAGAGAAAAUGUUAAUUUGUCAGGAUAAAGGAAAUAAGGUAGGUUUAACUGAGUGUGAUGAGGCAGCUCAGGCAGGGGAAUCCUCUCAAGCAGAUAAGGGGGACUGUAAACCUUGUAAUACAAACCGGAGAAGGCAAUCCAAAAAACAAUCUUUGGGUCCCACCACUACUAAACCAGUACAUGCUAAAGAGAAUGUUGAAAAGAAGAGGUGUUUGAGAAGGCAAUCCUCUAGGUUUAACUCUGAAGAACCUGAACCAACCGAAGACUUGUUUGAGAUAGAUAAGGCUUCGGGCCCUACUAGUCUUAAACCAGUCCAUGCUGAAGAGAAUGUUGGCAAUAAGAGGCGUUGUUUGAGAAGGCAAUCUGCAAGGUUUAAAUCUAUAGAGCCAGAACAAACUGAAGACUUGUUUGAGAUAGACAGUGCCAAAUUUCCUGUCUCUCCUGUACAUGACGAUCUGGUGCAUGAAAGUGGUCAAAUGUUAUCAGGACUGUCGGUCAAAGAAGAAGAUGAAGGAAAUACUGCCCUAAGAUUUGAAGCUCAAGAAAAUCGAAGAUCUUCAGUUGGAAGGCCAUUGCGACGAGCAGCUGAGAAGGUUCAGUCCUAUAAGGAAAUUCCACUUAACAUAAAGAUGCGGCGAAAUGAGUGAGUCAAAUUCUUUUUCAAAUUUGUCCUUCGUUUUGUUGAAUGUGGUGAAUGAGUAGAGCAGCAUUUUCUGCAUCUUGCAAUCUUUUGUGCCUUGUGAUAUUAUUGUUUUGUACCUUCCAGUUGCACAACUUCCUUUUUCGGGAUGCAUGCUCCCAACACACUGUAAAUUUUUUAAUUUCUUUUGUUAUCACCUGCUGAUGAUAACUAAGAAUGCACAAAAUAUUAAUGCAAUGUAGUUCAUUGAUGUUGUAUCUGAAGAACACAGAUUUUCUUGCUGAACUGCUCAGUGGUAUUCCAUUAUUAUAAAGAGUUGUAUUUUCUCUAAUUCUAUAUGGUCCUUGUGGUUUGGGGUUGUGUUGAGGAGAUGGUUGAUUACGAGUAACAAUUAUUUCAUAAGAGGUGUAAUUUGGGUCUUACGAGGACAUGGUUGAUUUCCAUUGUUGUGUAACUAUUAAUAUGAGGCUAAUGAUUAAUGCCUUGAUGGUAUUCCUUCGGGGAGUAAUUUUUUAUGUAUGUUCACUCCAAAAGCUA